AUGACAAGAUAUAGAAUAAAGAAACCUGUACAACAAGUAUUGGAAGAGUCACUCGAAGUAUUCAUUAGAAAGAAGGUUAGGUUAGUAGGAUCGAGUAGAACAGAUACAGGUGUCAACGCUUUGCAUCAAGUUGCUCAUUUCGAUGUUGAUACACGUAUAUCUAAAACAGGUGAAGAGAUCGAUAUGAUGCCACCUGAAGUAAUAACAAUGGCACUGAAUCAGAAUGUACAAGGUUAUCCAGUGCGUGUUAUAUCUACAGAGAUUGUCGAUGAUAGUUUUCAUAGUAGAUUCUCGGCGAAAUCGAGAACCUAUCUUUAUAGAAUGCUUGGCGGAAUGCAUAGGAAUCAAGCACCGUUUGAGCUGAAAGACAGAGUGUGGGCAGUCACUAAUCAAUUGGACGUACCAAAGAUGCAAGAAGCUGCCACUCUCUUGUGUGGACGUCACAAUUUCAAUAGUUUUAGAAGCUCAAAGUGUCAGGCUGACAAUCCGGUAAGAACGAUCUCUAGCUUCCAGGUGUUCGAUCUACCGAACCCUGACAUCUGGCAAUACAAUAGUGCACCUCUCGGUGUGAAUCCGCAGUUGAUCGGAAUCGAGGUGAAAGCACGUGCUUUCCUCCACAAUCAGGUGAGAAUCAUGGUGUCGACACUGGAGCGAGUUGGCUCACAUCAAAUGUCGUUGGAUCAACUGCAAGAAUUGAUCGAUGCCAAAGACCGACAGAAAGCACCACCUACCGCACCACCAUAUCCACUUACACUCACAAAGGUCAGCUAUGAAGAUAACAUAACCAAUCCACUACCAUCACCUUGGUUAAAAUAUUUAGCUAAAUAA